AAAUCAGGUUAGGGAACUAUUCAGAAUACAAUCGCGGUGGCUUUUACGAAACGAAUCUGAUUUGUCCUCUUCGGGUCGCUGUAGCGAGAGUUCUGGAAAAUGGCGGAAAAGAAAAUAGCAGUGCGUUUUCAGGACCCGAGCCAGCGGCGCGUGCUGGAUGUAGCGACUCGGCAGCGGAGGCUCACGCGGCAGCUCGAGGCGCUCGAGAAGGACAACUUCCAGGUCGACCCGCACGCGAGCCUCCCGCCGCCGGUGAAGCGCCUGCCGCAUUUCGACGAGAGUGACGAACCCGGAAAACGGAGGAAGAAGACCAGAGGUGAUCAUUUCAAGCAGCGUUUCCGGAAAAACUUCCAGGCCCUGCUCGAGGAGGAGGAGUUGAGUGUGAGCGAGGGUCCGAACUACCUGACUGCGUGCGCCGAGCCGUCGAAGCUCCCUCAGCGUCACUUCUGCGCCGUGUGCGGCUUCCCCUCCAACUACACCUGUGUGUCCUGUGGCGCGCGCUACUGCUGCGUACGCUGCUUAGCGACACAUCACGAGACCAGAUGUCUGAAGUGGACCGUAUGAUCCUGCACACGAUGAGUGAAAACCCACUUCACCCUGGAUCGCCUUCGAAUUAAAACUGUGUGUUGGGCUACAGUCCUGCUGGACUGAGAACCCUGGAUUUUUUUUUUGCGUCUUCGUGUAUAACUACGGCCUGAGGAGAAACCGGGUUCCUCGCUGCAGUGUGGGAUGAACUACUUAGCCCGAUGACACUACAGCGCUAGCAAGAAAGUUUGCAAAAUAAUCAUGGUUCAAGAAAAAAACAAACAACGACGAAACAAUCAUUUCAAAUGCUGCCGUUGACGUCCGUGGUGUUUUAGAAAAGCCAUGCAGCUGGACUGCAGCUUCACAGGAUGAGAUUUUCUCCAAUUGAUCAUUAUACUCGCAAGAUACAGAGAUAAACCUUUUGUCUAACAAAGCAGGGCUAUAUUAGCUCGCCUGGACGUUUGUUUUGCAAUAUAUUUGUCGUAAUGGUAUUUUGCGCUUCAGUUAAAUUCUCCUCGCGGUGUCACGUUCCAUCCGACAGCAUCGACUCCACUGUGAUGGAACUCCUGAAGAGAAGUGUGUUUCAUACGCCACCGAAUGAUCUUCUAACGAAUAACCAUCAGUCUUUUCCUUAGGCACGCAGGUAUGUAGGUAUUAGGCUAGCUCUAGGCCAGUUAGAGUAAACCUUUUGCUUCAGACUUUGUCUUAUUGCUUACUGAUGCUGGAAUAUCUCACAUGUAAAGAAAUACUGUAAAGGGAUGCUUGUUAGUAUUCUCAUAACAUUACACCCUUUUACAGGCAAGACAAAUGUGACGACUUUGGAAAGAAAAUCCUGAAUUUGACCACAAAAUGAGACAGUAUUUUUAUUUAUUUAUGUUUUUUUUUUUUUUUUUUUUU